CAACCUUUAAAUGACGUCACGCCCAGCGAACGCGAUACGCACCAAAUAUCAGGACAGUGGUCGGUCAUUGCGGUAAAAAGUAGUAACAAGAAGAGAAGACAGACGCAGUUUCUAAGCAGACUUGCUGCCGUCUCUAACCGGAAUAGUGGUUACUCAAAGCAAUCGUUUGACCUACAGCCAAACAUGGAGAACCCGCCUCCAUACCCAGGCAAUGGCCCAACUGCUCCUGGUUACCCAGCCCAGGGCCCACCACCUCAAGGCUACCCAGCGUAUCCUCAGCAGGGAUACCCUGUGAACAUGGAGCAACCUAACCCAGCUUACCCGAACUACCCUCCCGGACCAAUGGGCCCUGGUGGUCCUUAUCCCGGACCAGGACAGCCUCCUUAUGGGUACGCUGGACAGCCUCAGUUUGGUUGGCAGGGUGGACCUCCUCCCGGGCCCAUGUAUGGGGAAGCUCCCAAAAACACAGUGUACGUGGUGGAAGACAGGAGAAGGGAUGACACAGCAGACACAUGCCUGACAGCCUGCUGGACAGCUCUGUGCUGCUGCUGUCUCUGGGACAUGCUGACAUAACGUCAUUCCCCUACUGAUUGACCCCCAUUACCCUCUUGCCCCUAUUUCUGUGCCUCGAAGCCCAUCGCCCUUUCUCCCAUCUGCCUUAAACCUUGCACUUCCUCACAAACGCCCCUCUGUUCCCUCCAGAAGUCCCAUAUGCCUGUAAAGCUAUUAAUGACUUCUAUAAAUGAAGUCCUCCCUCCCACAUGGAAGCUUCAUCCCAGAGCCUCGUACUCUACCUUAAUGUGAAACCCUCCACACUGACUGACUGACCUAUCCACGGUUACACAGUAGCAGUUUCUGACCGAGCCUGUAAACAUGACCAAAAUCUCAGGUUCCUUACUAAAAUUGUGCAACAGCACACAAGCUACAGAUUUGCACACCCAAUAUGGUAGAUGCCAAACAUACAGCAUACUAUGAUCUCAGGCUCAUCCUGCGUGAUUCACUUGGGCACUUUAUAAUGAUUGCCUCUGUAAUAUACUCCUUCCUGUCUUCAUAACCACAUAAAAGCUUUGCUUACUCCUCCCCUUCAGCUAUGCUAUCUGCAAAACUUCAAGGACUUUUACCCAGUAUGAUGAUACCCAAAGGCUGUGAGAACCCCGCUGCAGACAGGGCUGAUGCUUGAAAUGUUUCCCAUCUCAUUUGCACACAAGUCAUUUUAACAAAUGUACGUUUGUCCAUAGGCGGUAAGACAAUAAAUGGAAUGCUUUUAUUUGUUUUAACAGUGAUUUAUGUUUGAUUAAUGGCAA